AUGGCAGCCAAGUCCGACGGCCGCGGGGUCGUCAGCGGCUUCGCCCAGCUGCGCGACCUGGACGAGGUGGUGGAGGGCCCCGACAACGGCAGCUCCUUCCACAUCUGCCACUGCUGCAACACCUCGUCGUGUUACUGGGGCUGCCGGAGCGCCUGCCUCCGCUACCUGCGGGCCAGGCGGAGGGAAGGGGAGGGGGAGGCGGCGUCCGACGGCGGCGGACUCGAGGAGCAGCGCCGGCGCCUGUGGCUGGAUUGCUUGUGGAUCGUGCUGGCCCUGCUCGUCUUCUUCUGGGACGUGUGCAGCGACGUGUGGCUGGCCGCGUACUACUACCGCGGACGACACUUUCUCUGGUCGGCCGUCACUCUCUUCUUCGUGCUGGUGCCCUCCGUUCUGGUGCAGAUCCUCAGCUUCAGGUGGUUCGUGCAGGAUUACACCGAGGGCGCGCUGGGCUCCGUGCAGGGGCUGAGCAGCCGCCGAGCCGCCGCCGGUCUACGCCGGGACCGCUGCUGCCGACUGUCCGUGUGGGUAUGGCAGAGUGUGUUGCACAUCUUUCAGAUGGGACAGGUGUGGAGGUAUAUCCGCACCAUGUACUUGGGUGUCCAAAGCCACCGCCAGAAGGAGAACCAGCGUCGCUUCUACUGGGCCAUGAUGUACGAGUACGCCGACGUCAACAUGCUGCGACUGCUGGAGACUUUUCUGGAGAGCGCCCCCCAGCUGGUGCUGCAGCUAUGCAUCAUGAUCCAGAGCAACAAGGCUGAGUGGCAGCAGUGUUCUUCAGUCAUGUCCUCCCUCCUGUCUCUCGCGUGGGUCCUUGCGUCCUACCACAAACUCCUGCGCGACUCCCGCGACGACAAGAAGAGCAUGAGCUACCGCGGCGCUCUGGUGCACCUCUUCUGGCGCCUCUUCACCAUUUCCUCCCGGGUGCUCUCCUUUGCCCUGUUUGCCUCCGUUUUCCACAUCUAUUUUGGCAUUUUCGUGGUGCUCCACUGGUGCGCCAUGGCUUUCUGGGUCAUCCACGGCGGCACCGACUUCUGCAUGUCCAAGUGGGAGGAGGUGCUCUUCAACAUGGUGGUGGGGGUGGUGUACGUCUUCUGUUGGUUCAACGUGCAGGAAGGCCGGACUCGCUUCCGGAUGGUGGUCUAUUAUACCGUGGUACUUUUGGAGAACGCCGUUCUCAGCGGGCUGUGGUACGCGUACCGUGACCCAGCCACCACCGACGCCUUCGCCUCUUACGCCCUCUGCAGCGUCUUCCUGUGCUUUGCCUCAGGUGUGGCCUGCAUGGUCCUCUACUACGGGGUUCUGCACCCCAUGGGCCCCCGGCUGAGGGUCCUAGCUAGCUCCUGUUGCGCCGAACUGCUUUGGGGGCUGCCCUUACCCCCCGAAGCUGAGCCUAUGGCACCCACGCCCGGUCCCCGGGGCUCCCAAGCCACCCCUACGCGGGGAGUCGCCGGGGAGUACCCGGAGCCCGACGAAAUGACCGCGGACUCCUGCCUUCCGGUAUUCCAGGUGAGGUCCACGGAACCGGUGGACGCGUCGGGACGACCCAUCCGACCCGAGGGCCCCCUCAUCAAAAUAGACAUGCCCAGGAAGCGCUACCCGGCUUGGGACGCGCACUUUGUGGACCGGCGACUCCGCAGGACCAUCAACGUGCUGCAGUACGUGAGUCCUAACGCGGUGGGCAUCAGGUACAGGGAUGGCCCCCUCCUCUACGAACUCCUGCAGUAUGAAUCUUCAUUCUGA